GUCCACGCCUCAAUUAUCACAUCUGACCGUGCGCCGUAUGUCGAGCUGACUGCGUAAGCUGCAUUCCCAACCAAAUCCCCCAGAUCCAGGUGCUCUCCCAAUAUGGUCGCCGCGUGCGAGGCAUGCCGAAGCCUGAAGAUGCGCUGUUCGAGGUCGGCACUGCCAGAGGGCUCGACCGACACCCAGGACCCAUGCGACAGAUGCAAACAUCAUCGUCGUCCGUGCAGAGCGCCGACUCCUCGUCCUUCGGGUCGAAAACCAGGGUCUCGGGGACGCUAUCACGGUGUUGAGAAGGCUUUGCGCAAGAUUCAGAGCGAACUCAGGAAAUCAAAGGCAUCGACCUCGUCAGAUCCGCCUGACCAGGCGCACCUCUUCGGACUUCUAGACCUUCCUGAAAGCAGAGAGGAAAUCUUACAUCUCAUGCUGUCGAAAAUGGGCACUCAGAGUCACUCGGAGGUGCAGAAUGAUGUGGCCGCGCCCCUUCAUGAUCCCGAGGAGAGAAUCACCUCGCUGGUGUCCGGAAUUCCUGCAGUCAGCCCAACACGUCCUCGCGAACAUCAUUCCCUGGAGGCCUCGAGGACUACGCAGAGCCCACCUGGAAAUGCAUCACCCCUGGAUACGAACGCAUCGGUCAGCGAUCCUCUAGGCCUCGUAGCUGAUGCAUGCGGAGAGGCUCACGACUACGACCAGCAAUCAAAUGACAACAUUCCGUCUCUUGCGUCCGACCCGGGAUCCAAUUUCAUCGCAACAUCCUCUGGCGAGACUGAGCCUCGAACCAUGUCCCGCCACCUCUUAAGGCGGCCCGGUUAUGUUUCCCUGGGUCUAAAGCUCAAUCGGAAGACUCUAGAAGAUGGUCUGGACGCCCUGUUCUCCCAAAGUGCUGCCGUUUGCAAGUACUCCGACUAUUUCAAACCUUCUGAUGCGGCCAAGCAUCGGGAUACAGGACCAGACCUGGACCCAGUUGAGUUGGGUUUGGUCUCUAUGGAAGAAGUUAAUUACCUCUUCCCUCUGUUCUUCGAGAGAUUACAUCCCAUCAACGGCAUCCUCGAUCCUCUGUUGCACACUCCAGAAUUCGUGCAAUCUCGGUCUGCCCUGUUGUUCACCUGGAUCUUGGCCAUCUCAGCACAGUUCGAUCAUCGCUCUGGGUCUAUAUCCAAACGGCUACGUAUUCAUGGCGAAAACUUGUCGAAACAAGUCUACGCAAACGGAUAUAAGUCCGUUGAAAUUGCACAAGGCUAUUAUAUUUCUCUGCUCUCUGCAGUGCCUGCCAACACCAUGGCCGAAGAACGUUCAUGGCUGUACACCAUUUACGCCUUUGGCGUGGCCGCAGAACUGGGUCUGGAUCGCGAGGCCCGCGCACAUGGACAACUUUACCACAUCGCCGGAAUAGAGAAGAAUUAUCAGGGUUUGUCGCACCAUUAUCCGGCGGCUGAAGCGCCAGAUGGCAGAUACCACCCUCACUUUCAACAACAAGGGGACUGUCCUCAAGAUGCAGAUACGACGUAUGCGGAAAGGCUGGCACGCAACCGAGAGCGAACCUGGCUACGAAUUCUACUCUGGGAGCGGGCGCACAGUGCCGCCCGCGGCCGCAUGAGCGCAUUCCCGGAGACGGGACUGACCCGGAAAAUUGAAACCUGGCACCUUCACCCAUUGGCGGACCCCAUGGACAAGUAUACAUGUGCGUUUAUCCUCCUGCGUCGACACCUUGGGACGCUCCAGAAUGAACUCAAACGACAGAUAGGGUGUCAGCACGCCUCUCCGCACUGGGUGAGAGAGCUUCUGGAUUCCACCUUGGAGCCUUGGUGUCGCACGUGGCUCGAGAUCUCGGAUGUACGUGCGUCGCCUCCCUCUCCACAAGUAUCCAACACCUUCCUUCGCUUCGUGUAUAUGCACGGGAGACUGUGGACCUUGUCGUUCGCUCUUCAUGGUCUUGCCGAUGGGGGUCAGGACGCGGCAGCAAUCAAAGCCGACUGCUUCGAAGCCGCGGUAAAUUGCUGCGAAUUGGCGGUUUAUGACCUGCUCGAGAUCGGCGAACCCAUCUAUUGCAUGCUGGCCCCGACGUGGGCCAUGAUCUCCUACUCGGCCGUCCUGGCGCUACGACUCUUUCCGCUCCUGUACGGUGGUAAGCAAUCCGGCAAUGAAGUCGAACUUGUCGCCCUUCUAUCCCAAGUCGCGUUUCAACUUGAGCGGGCCGGCACCACCCCGUCUCACCGUUUCGGAAUUGCGGCCAUCCUCGGACAGCAUCUGUUCAAGAUCCUGCGGAUCAGAGCGAAUGCCUUGGUCCGAGUGGCCCAGAUUGGGCCCUCUCAUUCACUACCGGCGCCGAGUGCCGGGUUCGAAAGCCAGAGGCUCGACGAUCAGAGCUCUCAAUCCAAUGCGCAACAUUUCGACCCAUUUCUCUCUACUUCGGAUCCAUUUCUCACUCUCCCUUUCUUGCCUGGAGGCGAUGGAGACGACGAGUCUGCUGAAGGCUUCUCGGAUGUCCUUUGGGAUUGGGUCGGCCAUGGUUUUGUCGGCAUGGCAUGAGAAACAUGAAUACCGGGGACCAAAUACUUGAUUGCAUUUCAUGGGCAUGCUCAGUUGCAGGGAGAAACAGAGUUUAAUAACUACCCUAGACAGGGGUUGGUUCACCUAUUCCACUGACCAAAGGGUUUGCGGUAUCCGCGUAAUUCUCUCUACAAUUUGCUCAACCUGAUUUCACCUUUGAUGGCCUUGGUGACAAAGAACGGGUCUUCCCUCAACGUCCUGCCGAGCCCGAUCAUAUCAACGUCACCAUUUUCUACGGCCUCGGCCAUGCGGUGGCUAUCGCGCCAGCCGCCCGUAGUGCCGAUGACGGCGCGCGACAGAACCUUCUUCAUCUCUUGCGCCCAUUCGACGAAAUAGCUACCCCGGGCCUUUUGCGAGGGCCGUUCGGCCAACUCUGUCAUGAUGUUUCCACGCCAGGCUGGCGACGCAUACGUACCACCCGAGAUGUCGAAGAAGUCGAC